CCAAGACUUCUCACGAAGGAACAAGAAACUUCCUUCGAGUUUACAACAAGGGAACAAACUCCCUUAAAGUGUAUGAAAACACUUAAACACUCAGGAAUGAAACUCUCACAAAGAGUAGAUAUGAGUUUUUUUAAGGUGUCACCUUGGAAAAAGGUUCUACGUUUUGGAAAGAUAGGAAAAUUGAGUCCUCGUUUCAUUGGGCCAUAUCCCAUCACUACGAAGGUUGGCCCCGUAGCUUAUCAGUUAGAGCUACUACCUGAGCUGAACAAGAUUCACAACGGGUUCCAUGUGUCUAUGCUCCGACGUUACCGAUCAGAUCCGACUCAUCAGUUACCUAAAGGCGCAGUGACUCUGGACGAGAACUUGACCUAUGAGGAGGAGCUGGUGCAGAUUUUAGCACGAGAAGUGAAAGAGUUAAGGAAUAAGCGGGUGCCUCUAGUCAAAGUCUUCCAGCAGCAGCGCCGCCGAGCUCCGCUGACGCCGCCCUCGCCGAACGCCCUAGCCGGCGUCGCCGUUCUCCCUUCCCCGUCGCACGGUAGAUUCGGCCGCAACAGGGAGUGCAGCGGCGAGCUUCUCUCAUUCGAUUUGGUUCCUAAUUCUUCAAUAAUUCGAGAUUGGAUUGGGAUUGUGUUGGGGGCUGUUUUCCGGCGAUUCGACGGAGGCUGCCCGGUGGUGGCUACGGCCGGCGUACGGGCAGUUUCCGGCGGGUCCGAUUUGGACCCAACUGGUCUAAUUCUUACUGAUGAUGAGAUUCAAAGCCAUAUUCUAUGUGAUCUCGAAGACUUGCUGAGGAGUCGUGGUAAGAGCCUUCGCGAUUACCCAAAUAUGCCUCAAGCGAACCUCCAGAGAAUUUGGACUUCAGCCAAUCGAUUGAUUUUUGAUGAAAUGCAAUACGAUCGAAUAGCAUUGACAAUCGAGCACACCAGACUAUUGCGUUCACUGAACGAUGAACAACGUCUAGCCAAAUGGAUUGAGAGUAUUGGUGACGGGAACGCAGGUGAUGAACAUGACGGCUAUGCUGAGGUGAUAAUUCCUGAUGACAUGUUACUUCCGUCUUCUGAAGAUCCAAUAGCCACUAUAGUGAAUUCAACUUAUCCAGACUUUCAAAAAAUAGCCAAUGAACUUAGCUACUUACAGGAGCGCGCAAUUUUGGCUCUUUCUGUAACACCCCAACCCGCAUGACCCAAACCCGUGAGACAGCGGACCGCGGACCGGUGUGCCACUAAAUUGGUAUUCGAAUUUGCGACAUUUUCAAAACAAUUUUAAACAAACGUUCUUUCAAUACAUAUGAAAAUCCAUCGGAGUAAUUUAAAAUAAUGCGGAAGCCUUUUUAAAGUCAAACAACUUGGGAUCUUGCCCGAAAACGUAAUAAGCAUUAAAGUUAAUUAAAUAAAGCAUAAUCAACAGAUUAAAGAGACAGCCACGCCAUCGUACAUCUCCUCCUCAAUGCCCUCUGGGAUCGGCUCUAGGUUCAUCUGUCUGAUCACCUACGGACAGCAAAAGAAAACAACGCUAUCCGCUCAGCAUUGACGCUGAGUGGUACUCCAUUGUAGCACAAGAAUAAACAUAAUAAUUCAACAAUUAAGAUCGUGCAUAAGUUUAUCCUUUUAAUAAAAAUCAAUUCAACUUAACAUUCGGUUCUUUAGACGGUUGACCAAUAGUCAACUUAUUUUCUUUCU